AUGUCCGAUCAGCAAAUGAACCCUGCAGACGGAUCAACAGGCUCCAACAAGCGCAAGCGUGAAAUGAUGGACGCCGGCGACGGACAGCGUAUGACACGCUCUGCGCAUGGGCAAAACUCCAAUGGAAAUCUCCAUGGAUACGAAACCCAUGGUCUGCCCACAAACACGACUGAGCUCAGCCAAAUCGAUCAACAGCUAUUACAGCAUGUGGGAAAUCAGAAUGGAGUGCCUGACGACAACGCCAUGACGGCCAAGGCUGCUUUGGCCGCGCACAGCCCACAAUCCAAAUACCCUCCGCCAGACCCAAGCUUCGAGAACAAUGCCGCAAUGGCCCACGGUCUCACGUUCACCGAAGAUGUUAAUCAGGUCCCUAUGACCAACGUACAUGGCCAUUCGACCGCUGCGGCCGUCUAUGCGGCGCGCGAAGCGCAGAACAUUAACCCGAAGCCAACGGUCGGGUCUGCGGAAUGGCAUACUAUUCGCAAGAAUAACCAUAAAGAAGUCGAACGCCGCCGCCGCGAAGCAAUUAAUGAAGGCAUCAACGAAAUUGCCAAGAUGGUCCCUGGCUGCGAAAAGGCCAAGGGCUCCAUCCUCCAGCGGGCAAUCCACUACAUCAGCAAACUCCAAGACGAAGCCAAGGACAUGGCUGCGCGCUGGGAUACGGCCAACAUGACCACCAACCACGCGCUGGCGGAGAUUAGUGCGCAGAACACCAAGUUGAAGGGCGAAGUUAAUCGGCGCGGGGAGGUGGCGAGGAAAUGGAUUCAGAGGUGUAGAGAGGCCGGGCUGGAGUUUGAGGAUUAUGAGAUGGAUGAGAAGGAUUUGGGGCUCUUGGAUGUUGAAGGGGGUGGGGAGCCGCAGCAGGUUGGACCGGUCGGACAGGUCGGACAGGUCGGUGUUGGGCAGGGGCAGGAGUAA